UGAGUAUGUGGGAGAGGAGUUAGAGCAGGAGAAAGCUGGGAGGUGUGUUGCUCUGCUGCUGCUGGUUAAAUCUACUCCAAAUAGAUGCAGUUUCCUCAGUCCCGCACGGUCAGGAGACUGCUUUGAAACUUUCAGUAUUCAACUUUUCUUCCUGUGUCCAUGCUGAUUCUCCACCAGGGAGGAGGAGACGCUCUUGUCCUCCCUCAGCUCAUCCAUUUGUUCUCUGCAGAACCGUACCCUUUCAUGUUUCCUUAAAGACCUCAAAUUCUGGUGACCCAAGAUAGACGACUCCCUGCAUCUGCAAGUCAGAUGUUUCUCACUGUGAGUUAUUUCUACAGCUAAAAAUUUGGGGCUGUUCCUGGAAUACGUCUGGUGUGUUUCAUCCAAGUUAGUACUGUGCUGUCAUUGAAAAAAUGAAGGCUGAGGUGCUGAUAUUGUGGGUCGGCUUGACUUUGUGCUGCACCCUGAUCUGCGGUCGAGAAGAUGUGGAGAAAAACAAAUUCGCUGGAGUUCAGGUGAGAGAACCUCAAACACUGACCAAGAAUAGGAGACAAGCAGAAGAAGUGGAUGCUGAAAUGUUAGACAAGCUGACUGAAGUGGUGGAAGACGAAAAGACAAAAUCAAAGAAGAAAAAGAAAACACCUGAGGAGAUUGAAGCAGCCAGGGCAAAGAAGGCAGCAGAGAGGGAGGCCAAAGCAAAGAAGCAGAAAGCCCCCAAACCCACCAAAAAACCCAAACCCCCCAAACCCACGAAGAAACCCAAACCACCGAAACCCACAAAGAAGCCAAAGGUGCCCAAACCCACUAAGAAACCAAAGACGACGACCACAGUGCAGCCAGACAUCAGGCAGCCUUAUCCAGACAAGGAAGAGGAGAAGAAACUGCUGACUAAGCUGGGCUUGGACACAUCAAUUCAACCUGUGACCCCAAAGGAGCGUUGGGGGGAAGAGCCUGUUGAGCCAGACCUGGAUGACAUGUUCAAGAAGCCAACAUCUCCAACAAAAACCCACAGUGAGCUUGAUGUUGACUACUGGCAUCCCAGACCAGAUGAGGUGCCUGGCAGAUAUCCUGAUACGAAGAAAGAAGUCACAACUCCUGAGGUCAUCAUGUACAUACCAGAGGAAUCCACCACCGUUCCAUAUAUUGGAGCCUGGUAUGAAGAAUAUGACUACACUGAUUUGGCAGCUAAAAAACAAGAAGAAGAGGAGGAGAGAGCUCUAAAAGAAAAGGCCGAAAAAGCCGAAAGACUGAGGAAAAAGUGGGAGGAGGAGGAAGAAGAGAGACGUAAGCAGAUUUCAGUGCCAGCUGAACCAAAAAAAUGUCCUCCUCUGGGCUUGGAGUCUCACCGGGUAGAAGAUGACCAGCUGUUAGCUUCCUCUCAGUCUCAUCAUGGGUUCUCAGCUCAGAGGGGGCGCCUUAACAUGCAGGGCUCUGACAAUGAUGAAGACCUGUAUGGUGGUGCAUGGUGCGCAGAGUCAGAGGAGCGAGAACACUGGUUUCAAGUUGAUGCCCGCCGAGAGGUGGAGUUUACCGGGGUCAUCACCCAGGGAAGAAACUCUGAGCUACAUGAGGAUUUUGUGUCGUCCUACUUUGUGGCCUUCAGCAACGACAGCAGCGACUGGACUUUACUACACGAUGGCUACGCUGAAUGGUUGUUCUAUGGCAAUGUGGAUAAGGAAACACCAGUGAUGAGUCAGUUUGCUACACCAGUGGUGGCGCGUUACAUCCGUAUUCUGCCUCAGAGCUGGAAUGGCAGUCUAUGUCUCAGAGCCGAGAUCCUAGCUUGUCAGCUACCCAGAAGCCACCACAGUGAGAAUGAGGUCAACCCAUCCGAUGACCUGGACUUCAGACACCACAACUACAAGGAGAUGAGACAGAUGAUGAAGGUAAUAAAUGAGGAAUGUCCCAACAUCACCAGGAUCUACAACAUUGGAAAAAGCUUUCAGGGCCUGAAAAUGUAUGCCAUGGAAAUCUCCGAUAACCCCGGGGAGCAUGAGCCUGGUGAACCAGAAUUUCGUUACACAGCUGGCCUCCAUGGUAACGAGGCACUUGGACGAGAGCUCCUCCUGCUGCUUAUGCAGUUUCUAUGUAAAGAAUACAAUGAUGACAACCCAAGAAAAGAUUAUUUAGAGGUCCCAGAGAGCAUGAAUGACCUACCACCAUUCUUACUCCUGCAGGGAUCAGAGAUGGGAAACUGGGCCCUGGGCCACUGGACUGAAGAAGGUUAUGACAUCUUCCAGAAUUUCCCAGAUCUAAACAGCAUCUUGUGGGGAGCUGAAGACAGAGGCUGGGUGCCUCGUAUAGUGCCUAAUCAUCACAUCCCCCUUCCAGAAAACUUUUUGAAUGGCUCUCUUGCAGUUGAGACAAAAGCUGUAAUUUCCUGGAUGGAGCGCAACCCUUUUGUUCUGGGAGCUAAUUUGCAAGGAGGCGAAAAACUGGUCACAUAUCCUUUUGACAUGCAGCGCCCACCAAUUUCUCUAACUGACAAUCGUCGUUGGAGAAAUAAUGCAGAAAUGAACGAGGACACCUGGGCUCGCAUUCAGCGCCAGAAUGAGGGCGCUCUGAGGGAGACUCCCGAAGACGCCAUGUUUCGGUGGUUGGCAAUGUCAUAUGCCCACAGCCAUCUAACCAUGACAGAGACCUAUCGAGGCUCCUGCCAUGGAGAUGAUAUCACUGGAGGACAGGGGAUCACUAACAGAGCCACCUGGAAGCCAGUGGUGGGAAGUAUGAAUGACUUCAGCUACCUGCACACAAACUGCUUCGAGCUCUCCAUCUUCUUGGGCUGUGAUAAGUUUCCCCAUGAGAGUGAAUUGCCUCUUGAGUGGGAGAACAACCGCGAGGCUUUGUUGUCCUUUAUUGAACAAGUACAUCGCGGAAUAAAGGGUAUUGUGAGGGAUAUAGAUGGAAAUCCACUUCCCAACGUGACAAUAUCUGUUGAGGGGAUACGGCAUGAUGUUAAAACUGCUGUGGGCGGGGAUUACUGGCGACUGCUAAAUCCUGGGGAGUACAAGGUAACAGCCAAAGCUGAUGGCUACACCCCUCAGACACGGCUCUGCAUGGUGGGCUAUGACUCCGGAGCAACACCCUGCAGUUUCACCUUAACCAAAUCCAACUGGGAUCGCAUCAAGCAAAUCAUGGCACUCCACGGCAAAAGACCCAUUCGACUCAUCACCAAAGCGAAUGUAGUGAAAACAACUGCAGCCAGCAGUACUGUGGCAGCCCCCAGCAUUGAUGCAGAGCCUGAAAAUCCCGCCAACACUCACGACAUUGCGCGACGUAGACGGCUCCGACUGAUGCGUAUACGGAGACUGCGUUUGCAGAGGUUACAAGCCAGCCUUAGAACCACCCCUGCGACUACAAUGACAACAACCACCACCACAGCAUCCACCACUCUACCACCUGAAACCAAGAGAACAACCUCAUGGUAUGACUCUUGGUUUCCUGUGGAUGAAUGGUCCACUGAAAACCCAUUUGAUAGUGUUGUCUUUGACUCAGUGCCCACACAGGACUAUCCUUUUGAAUACACUAUAGACUGAUUACUGCACACACAAACCCAGAUCUAUCUUAUAGAAAGUCCUUACUAACCAAAUCUGCUGCAAGAUCACAGCUUUAAAACAAAACAAAAAAACCCCACAAAAAAACAUCUUUAAUGAUUUAGCUUGGACAAAAUAAGACUUGUUGGCAGCAUUGUGUAUUGAGGGUUACAUUCUUGGGAACAAAUAUUUCUUGGAGAGAUAUAAAGAAGAAAUUGAAGUCUCUGCUGAGCAAAGACUACACAGCACAUGUUUAAUUAGCUCUAUGUUAAAUUAAACAUACAGUAUGUUCAGUGAGACAGGAUUAGGUCUGUCUUCAUUUUUUUAAUGGCUUCAUAGAAUCAUUUCUGGCUUCAACUAAACUGAUUUAUUGUACUGCUGAAUGCAUUGCAUUAAAAUGACGUUAUUUUCUAAA